AUGACAAUGAACAAAUGUGCUUUACUGGGUCUUUUUCCCUGCUUAUUUUUAAUCCAAGGCAUAGAAUCUAUAGAAGUCUGUCCUGACGGAUUCACGAAACAUCAAGGUUCCUGUUACAAGUUCCUACACCACCAUCUCAGCUGGCCCGAGUCUAUAACUUUCUGUAAAGUGAUUGGUGCCCACCUUGUUACAAUAGAAACAGAAAUUGAACACAAUUUUCUGAUACAGAAAAUACAUGAAAUUGAAGGUUCUUUCGAUGUUAAGGACUUCUGGAUUGACCUGAACGAUGCGGCAGACCGGGGAACGUGGAUGUGGAGCCGGACCCACACACAAGCCACUUACCUCAAAUGGGGAGGGGGUAACCCAAAUUAUUUCGCCCGGGAGGACUGCGGGGGUUUGUAUCAUGGCGGCCAGUAUUUCUUUGGGGACUUUGUCUGUGAUCGAAAACAACAUCUAAUCUGCGAAAUAAAUUUAAACUUUGGGGAGACAAUUAUUGGAUGA